UCUUUACGAUAGCCAAUCAGAUGCGUCGUUCCAACAGUAGGCAGUGAGACGUCGAAGUUCGCGGGAGAAGAAGCAUGUUGCACAGUUGUACAGUGGCUGCAGAUAAGUCAUACUUACGUUAAAAUUGCAGUAAUUUGAAGGCAAAUUGUUAUGGCUGAUGUUUUAGGAGUCGUUUUCAGACGGUUCGCAACGGGAACUGUAACGAGUGAUGUAAUAGUUCCCCCUCACGCAGAAGGAAACACACUGGUUCUUGGGGAUGUAAAUAUCAGUAGAUCCGUGUUAUUUCUAGCAGCUGUGACAGCUGCCACAGAUCUGGGGCUCAAAGUGCUGUUUUUCACACAAACCCCUUUUCAGUCUCUGCCGGUGUCUUUGAGAGCUUCAAUACCUGGAUUAAAACUUGAGAGUCUGAAGAAUGUCAAGUUUGUGUAUGUGAAGACUUUGAAGGAGCUUGUUGAAGAUAUAGCAUCCCUUCAUGAGCUGGCGUCCCAAGCCGCAUCUGUUCCUUCUCUGAUUAUCGUGGACAGUCUGGAUCAUUUUUCGCACGGGUCUCGAGUUGGACCCCUACAGGACGACCUGAGCCCCGUGGCCCAUGUGGCGGCCCUCCUGCACGACACUGCUGCUUUUCUCUCCCAGAUCCUGCAGAACAGAGCAGACGGCCAGAGCCUGUGCAGAAUCAUGGUCUCUUUUCAGUCUGAAUGUGAAGGCAGUCGAGACAGUGAAGAGCUUCUCCUCUCUGUGCUGGACCGUUACCUGCAGGUGAGGUGCACGUUAGAGGAAGUGAAGCGUGACGAGGAGGCGGGGCUGAACGAGUGGCAGGUGUAUCUGUCAGUCAUGUGUCCUUCGCUGGUACAGCAGUGGCACAUGGUGCUGCGGGCAGGAGGUGCUCUGGAGUUCAGGCCAGUCUUUGGUGGAGAACAGCAGAUUGUGGACCAGCCAGAGAAAAGCAAACAGGAAAAUAAGAGAUGUGGAGACAGCUAAUAACAGUUCAUAUUACAAUACAACCUAUUUUGAUCAGAAAUAUGAAUGUUUAUUUGUGAUUUUGACAAAGGAAUGUAAGCUUUUCUUGACUAAAUACAGACAGUCAACCAUACUUGAAGAAUUUAUAUAGCAUUGAUGACAAUGUAAAAAAACUACAAUUUAAUGUAAAUUUAAAGUUUGCAGAUUUAAGUAUGAAACAAAUCUCUGCAUUUAUUUGUUGUACGUCUGCUUUACAUUUUAUUUACAGACUGUUAUUCGUUUCCUUUUGAUUACGUUGUUUUUUUUUCUGUUUAAACAAACUUUUGGUGACAUCUAAAUAGAUUAAAAACUUGAU